AUGGCUCCGGUCUUUGCCUCGGCCGAUAUGGCCGCUCUCGUAGCCGCCUAUAGACCGAUCACGCCAAUUAGAGAUCGACCAUCGCUUGUGCCAGGGAGGCGAACGAGCGAUGAGCAUUUGAUCGAUUCAAGGAAUAUACUGAAGAGGUUCUCGAGCCUUCUACAGAGCAGACCAUCUCGUAUAGCACUGUCGGAACUUCAAUCUCUGCUCAACAUCGACAGUACAGAUUGGCUGUUGGCAUGCUACGAACAACCCUUAUAUUACAGCCAUGAUGGUCGACAGAUCCUGUCGAUACCAGAAGUUGCGGAAAUAUUGGACGAUGCGUUUGGUCAUGCUGGGGUCAAGUCAUUCGAUGCGGCUUCUUUCGCCACCAAACACGAUCUAUCGAGAUCAACCCUACACCUUCUACUGGAGAGCUCGCCCGACUCCAAGAAGCUGCACUGGUGGGAAGAUCCGUCGACGAAGUCCAGCCACGUCUACAGUACGGUCUUGUGGCAAGCUGUGCUGAAAUACCUCGAACUCGUGGCAAAGUCGAGCUACGCUAAGUCAGAGUUUGCAGAAGGACUAGAUCUUUGCUCGCAUUUCCCCAGCGUACCCGGCGGACUCUUGCUAGGCCUUGCGCAAGCCUUUGCUGCGAAGACAUCCGACUCAUCUCCAGCUGGAGAGUGGCAGUUGCUGAAAGGUAGAGCAGUGUUCAUACCCGCUAGCCAUGUGCACGAUCUGGAGAGCAAGAAGGAAGCUGCUCGUCGAGCUCACGUCGAGCAGUGUGUCGAGGGAAUAAGUACACGCGGCUUUUGCAAGGUUGACGAACUUGAUCUCCUAAGCCAGAUCCGACAGCAAUACAUAGCGCGGUAUCCUGAGCAUAACGUCGAGGAUGGCCUGAUUGAGGUUACUCCAGACGGUGAUGUUGGUCCCAGUGUACAUACGUACAUGGCACGGCCGAGUUAUCUUCACGAAGCGAUGCAAUCCCUCCACAUAGCGGCACCACAGGAAUCUGCUCGAAUAUGGCAUGCUCGAGAUGGUUCCGAGAACAACAUAAAGCUCAUAGCCGCAGUUUUCAAAUCUCUCAUUGACGAAACUCAUCGCGAAUUACAGAGAGCUAUGCUACAGUCGCAGCCCUAUCGAUCAGAAGUCGAGAAAACCAUCGUGACAGCACUGGAGAGACAGGGCGCACAAGAUGCAGUGGCUUUCGAGAAGAUCAUCCUCGAACGACUGGUAAAUCCUGUUCAACUAUACACCCUCGGUGUCGCGAACACCAGAGACGACACUCUAGUCCAGCAUCUUAAUGAGUUCCUGUGCGACUACUCUCGUCGGGAUGUCCUACCCACAAUCAUCAGCACAUUGCAAGAAGAUCGACUCAUACUCGAUAAGUCACGGAAAAAGGACUUCGAAAAGAUGGCCGAGGCUAUUUCGCAGGCGAAGAUACUCCCAGAUGUACAAGCAGCCAUCACCAAGCUAGCGAGGAAACAGAAGCUCAUACAACCAUCCGAAAUCGAGCUGGUGUCCGCGAAGCGUACUACAUUAGAGCAGAAAGCACGACAACUGCGCAAUAAGAAGAUUGUUCGAGGAUCUGACGUCCUGCAGAACUGCAUCUGGAUCUCGCUGGCUGAGAAGACUGACGGUUUGUAUAUGAGCUCUGGCAAGGAUACAACACGCAUGAUCAAGCUGUACAGCACAAUCGCCGGCGCAGACGGUGAGGAUGGCGGUAUUGCCGAGAAAUUGUCCGGAUGCCGCGAUGCUUUGAAAGCUGGGAAGGAGGAUCAGCAAAUGCUUGACAUCAUGCGUGACUUGGCUGUGGAGAGGGCAGAGGCAUGGUGUGCUGCGCAUGCGACUGGACCAUCAACGGAAGAACCCACCCGCCAGUCGGAUACAUGA